GCACAUUUGUUUUUGUGUCAUUAUUGUUUUGUUUUCAGCCGUGCAAAGUGCAUCUGAAUGCAAUAUCGCAUAUCUGCCAGUUGCUUGCCCUUUCGCUGGUCGCUGGUGCGCAACCUGUUGAUCGCUGCCAGCGUCACCACCGCCAUCGCCAACCCGCCGGCAUUCGCCGCAGCGAGCAGUCGCAAAAGUUGCUUUUCUUCCAGUGCCGCCAACUCCAGCUCCAGUUCCAAUUCGAAUUCCAAUUCCAGUGGGUGCUCCAAGAUGGGCGACCAGCAACCAGGCAAUACCUACCAAUCGGGCAGCAGCUCGGUGGCAUUUGUGACCACUCCGGAUCGGGAGUCCGCCAGAAAGCUGGCCCGCAGCAUCGUUGAGUUGAAAUUGGCCGCAUGCGUGAACAUUGUGUCCCAAGUCGAGUCCAUCUACAUGUGGGAGGGCGUGAUCAGCGAGGACCCCGAGUAUCUGUUGAUGAUCAAGACGCGCACCAGCCGCAUCGACGACCUGAGCAAGUUCAUCCGUGAGAAUCAUCCCUACAGCGUCGCCGAGGUCAUUGCGCUGCCCAUCCAGAAUGGCAAUCCGCCGUAUCUCGAUUGGAUCGCGCAGACGGUUCCCACAAGGGCCGAGAGCAAAGACUAAAUUGAUUAUGUAGUUCAUUUGAUGGAAAUAAAACGGUUAUCUCAAGCAGGAA